ACUGGGAUUUCAUAUGCUUUUUGUCACAGAAAGGAGAAUCAAGAAAAAGAAAUAGCGAAAAAGAAGAAGGAAGAAAACGAACAAACUCGCCACGUUGAACAAUCGUCAUCUGCCUUGUUCUUUCAAUACAACACCCAACUUGGGCCUCCAUAUUACAUUCUGGUCGACACUAAUUUCAUAAACUUCUCCAUUAAGAAUAAACUGGAGAUUGUGAAGUCCAUGAUGGAUUGUCUUUAUGCAAAAUGUAAGUCAACAGUUCCACCAUUCCUUGAUUGGGAACAGUAAAAAAGUAACAUCCUCUUCAUGUCCAUGGGAAAAAAAUUCACCACAGCCCUCAGAAUGGCUAAGGAUCCUCGUUUUGAACGCCUUCCUUGCAUGCACAAGGGAACUUAUGCAGAUGACUGUAUAGUUAACAGAAUACAACAGCACAAGUGUUAUAUUGUGGCCACAUGUGACAGAGAUCUGAAAAGAAGGAUACGCAAGGUUGCAGGUGUCCCCAUUAUGUACAUUUCUCAGCACAAGUACACAAUUGAAAGAAUGCCUGAUGCAUAUGGAGGUAACAUUUGUACCAUAGAAUCCUUUAAUAACAUCUUAAUAUGUCUUUUAUGGAACGCUAGCGGUUGAAAGUCUUACGAC